UUUUAUACAACUUUUAGGCGCUGGUAAUGGACUUUUUGACCAUGCCAGAUCGUAAUUCAAUUUUUUUUACAAUCAACUCUGUUGGUUUAUUAACACCAAUGUACGAUGACUUUCCUGAUGGUUAUAAGUCUAAAGUUUUGUAUAUUAUAAGACUUGAACCUAUUGAAGUUACGAACAAUAAUUAUGACUCGAUACUUUUGUGUGGAGAAGUGUCACCGAACCCGUUUGAGGAUUUAAAAGCAAUCACUGAAAAAGCUUUGUUAAAUUUGUUCUCUAACAAAGAGAAUUUUUUCAAAAACUGUUCAGAUGACAUUAUAGUGGAAGUUCAAGACAGGCUUAAUGAUUUCCUUACAAACAUAAAUAACAUGUCAGGACAGAUGAAAAACCGUUCAAUAUUGACAUUACCUUAUGGCUACAACAACAUAACUAAUGCUUUAAAAGCCACUGAAAUGAGUGAUGGAAAAAUUAUUGAUGAUGUGUUAAAACAAAGAUUGGAAAAUAAAGUGUAUACUUGGUUCAAAGAAAUGAAAGUAAUGGUAGCGCUCAAGCCAGAAGUGAUUUUGGAGAAAGAUCCCGCUGCGUCGCCUACCCAAUACCUUGCUUUUUGGAAAAACCGAGAAGAACAAUUUAUUCAUUUUCACGAACAAAUUGACCAAAAGAUUGGAAAUUUCUUAACCAUUACAAAAAGCCCAUGCAUGGAUAUUUAUAAACAAAUAAUAGAAACAACAGUGACUGAAAAACUAGAAACGAAUCUUAUAAAUAUGUUUUUAUCUACUCUAACUAAACACAUAAAUACGAUCGAAGGAGCUGGUUUGGUCGAUUCGAAAGAAGAAUUAUGCAUUUUAUGGAGAAAAUUGGCUUUGAUAUGGAUAAAUUGUCAAAAUUUUCAAAAUUACAGUUAUAUAAUCAUCUUGAUAAAAGUAUUAUGUAAUAUGGUCAUGGCUGAAUCUUCAAGAUAUUUAGAACCAACUGCUCUAUUUCAAGGUGAAUUAGCGGAGAACUUAGCUAAGAUUUAUGAUAUUCUAGACAUUUUAAGUUAUUUCAAAAAUCAAUUCAAAGUUACUCAAACAGAAUAUCUUCAAGAACAAUUUGAUAAAUUUAUAUUGACAAAUUCUGUUUCACGUAAUUACAAACCACGUAAUUGGAACUUCCACACAAAUGACCUUUUUCAGAAUCUUGACGCAUUUGAAGAUCGGUUAAAUUGCAUUAAAUCGAUGAUAAUAAAAUUUAUUGACUAUCAAAAAUUGGAAAAAGUGGAAGUGGGUGGACUUAUAGGUUGUUGGUAUAGCCCAAUGAUUGAAAACAUGUAUCUUCGGUUUACAAAGUACAUGGAAAAGUUGGUUUCUAUAGCUUACGAUCCAUUGGACUUGUUAAAUGAUGUGAAUAACGCGUUGUUUGUGGAGGACUACAAUUUCUAUUUGAACAUGUCGGACGAUAUUGACAAUCGCUUAGCCACUGUUUCAAAAGCCUGUUUCGAAAACAUCGACAACUCAAUGUCAUUUCACAAGUUUAUUAUGAUAUUUGGUUUGGCCGUGUUGAAUCGACCUAUCGUAGCGGCUGCCGUGGAAAAACAUUACGAACAAGCGUUGGAUCUACUGGACCAAGAUUUGGCCCGAGAGUUUAAAAUUAUCGACCGUCUAUCGGGAACGGCGAUGUCUACCGAAAUCAAGAAAAGUGACUUUUACGAAAUGUGUUUCAUACCAGAAGAAAUGGAUCUAGAGUACCCACUCAUUGCUAGGGCGAUGAUGUGGGGUAACUCACGGAUAAAUAAUCGAUUGUUGGAAGAUUUAAAUACUAUUCGGUCUUUUGACUUACCAAUCAUGAAAACCCCAAGAGGAGAUCAAAUCAAUAUAAAGAUUGAACAAUUAAAGGAUAAAUUUAAAAAAUAUUUAAGUCCUUUAUUUGAGGAAUGGCAGCGUGUUGUACCACUUCAGAUACAAGAAAAAAUAGUGCAACCACUAUUCACAAUCAACAAAAAUAACACAAUCAGUCUAAACUUUUCUGAAGAAUUGGAUGCCGCAAUUAAAGUAACCAGAUACAUAAUACUCUGUAAUUACAAUUUCAAAAAUCCAAUCUUAACAAUUGGAAUAGAUGACAUACCAUACGAUGCAAUUAAGCUCUAUAAACGAGAAAAACUGAUUUUGACAUAUAAAAGAGAUAUCGAAGAAAUUGUUAAAUGGUCAGUGAUGUUAUUUAAGUUCUUAUAG